AUGGAGAAUAAAUUUAGGAACUGGGAUUACUUUUCUAGCCCGGUGAUUGAGGGAAGGAUUUUGAUUAUUUGGAGGAAAGUGUUUGUCAAAGUUAGUGUUUUAGAGGAGAAUGCUCAGUUUGUUCACUGCCUAGUUAAAAUGGCAGGUCACAAAAGCUCCUUUAAUAUUACAUUUGUCUAUGGAAGAAAUACUUUGGAAGAGAGGAAAACUUUAUGGAAUGGUUUAUCUCAAAUAGUUUGUCCGGCUACCCCUUGGUUGGUUCUUGGGGACUUUAAUGAUAUUUUUACAGCUAGAGGAAGAAAUGGAGGUAAUUCAGUUUCUUCUACUGAAAUGGUUUAUUCUUCUCAAUGGCUAUCUUUGUCUAAUCUAGAAGCGCUUAAGAGUAUGGGUUCGUUUUAUACCUGGACUAAUAAUCAAGAUGGGGAAGCUAGAAUCUACUCUAAAAUAAAUCAUGCGUUCAUAAAUGAGGAGUGGUUAGAUGGAUUUCCUAAUACCACUGCUGUCUUUAAAUGGGAGCCUUAUUCUGAUCACUGUGCGUGUACUAUUUCCAUUCUGCCUGUGGAAGAUUUGGGUACUAAGCCGUUUAGAUUUUAUAAUUUUUGGACUGAGCAUAGGAAUUUUAAGCAAUUGGUCUUAGACAACUGGAGGCAGCCAUUGAAAGGAAGUGGGCUGAAGGCUAUUUACCUUAAGUCUAUGAGAUUAAAGCACAAAUUGAAGAGGUUUAAUUUGGACUGUUUUGGGGAUUUAGGAGCUAAUUUUCAUUCAGCCAAAAGUGCCUAUCAGGAAGCAAUGUUCCAAGCUCAACUUCAACCUCAUAAUAUGACAUUCCAGGACAGGGUUAAGAUUUCAUCGGAAGAAUUCAGAUUUCAAGAAAAACUGUACCAUAGUUUUUUAACUCAAAGAAGCAAGAUUAAUUGGCUGCGUCAGGGGGACAUGAACACAGCGUUCUUCCACACUAGUUUGAAGAAACGUAAGGCGGAUAAUAGCAUAGCAUAG